GAGGCACCUGCGCAGGCGCGCGCGCACGAGGCGCGGCCUCUCCUUCCGCGCGCGCGCGCUCUGCUCGGGGGCGGGGGGGGCGCGGGGCGCGCGCACCUGCGCUGCGCCCUGGAGCCCGCCGUGAGGGCGGGCGGUCCCGCUGCUGCCUGAGACGGGAUCCCGGCGACCCUCCCCUCACCUUCCUUCUUCCUCCUGCCUUCCUUCCUCCGACCAGCCCGGGGGAGAAGCCCAGAAGACAGGGGUUAAAAUGAAUGAAGAUCUGAAGGUUAAUUUGAGCUGGCUGCCUCAGGAUCAUGUAGAAGCCAGCUUUACCGAGAAUGCCUCAGCCACAGGCUCCUCCCUGGUUCCUGUCGUAGACCCAGAGCCAGAGCUUUUGGUAAACCCCUGGGACAUUGUCUUGUGUACUUCAGGGACCCUUAUUUCCUGCGAAAAUGCCGUUGUAGUUCUUAUCAUUUUCCAUAAUCCCAGUCUUCGUGCCCCCAUGUUCCUCCUAAUAGGCAGCCUGGCGCUGGCAGAUCUCUUAGCGGGCAUUGGAUUGAUCAUCAAUUUUGUUUUCGCAUACCUUCUGCAAUCAGAAGCUACGAAACUGGUUACGGUUGGACUGAUUGUUGCCUCUUUCUCAGCAUCUGUCGGCAGCUUGCUGGCUAUUACUGUUGAUCGUUACCUCUCCCUGUAUUACGCUUUGACUUACAAUUCAGAGAGGACUGUCACUUUUACCUAUGUCAUGCUUAUAUUGCUCUGGGGAGCAUCUAUAUGUAUUGGACUGCUGCCUGUAAUGGGCUGGAACUGCCUCAGAGAUGAAUCCACCUGCAGUGUUAUCAGACCACUCACUAAAAAUAAUGCAGCUGUCCUUUCGGUCUCUUUCUUGCUUAUGUUUGCCCUCAUGCUGCAGCUCUACAUUCAGAUCUGUAAAAUCGUGAUGCGCCAUGCCCAUCAGAUUGCCUUGCAGCACCAUUUCCUGGCCACUUCCCACUAUGUGACCACCAGAAAAGGAGUGUCUACUUUGGCCAUUAUUCUGGGGACUUUCGCUGCUUGCUGGAUGCCUUUUACGCUGUAUUCCUUAAUAGCAGAUUACACUUACCCUUCUAUAUACACCUAUGCUACCCUCCUGCCAGCUACCUACAAUUCCAUCAUCAAUCCGGUGAUAUAUGCUUUUAGAAACCAGGAGAUACAGAAAGCACUUUGGCUCCUCUGCUGUGGCUGUAUUCCUUCUAACCUGUCUCAGAGAGCAAGAUCACCCAGUGAUGUCUGAUUGGCAGCUAGGAGGACACUCCUUAACACGUUACUUUCCAGACGUUCUUGCAAUCCUGUCUUUGGUUUAGAUGCAUUCAUUAAAUGGUGUGUAAAUGGUUCAUAUGAAAGCACCAAGUGGUUUAAGGGCGAUUUCCAAAAUCAAAAUAAGCAGUGUUCUUACAGAGUUACAGUGUUACUCAGGGUCUUUCUGUUUUGUUACCCAGACUUUGCCAUGUUUGCCAUGAUUUUACAGUGAAUUUGCCAGUUAAAAUUAGAUUGAAACAGCAUACCGCCUUUGAAAUUGUUUAUGCGAUUGAGUUUAGUCAUACUGCAUGUUACAGUAUGUUGUCAGGAUAAUUUUUCCCCUCUAAUUCUUUUUAAAAGAAGAAAAAAGAAGAAAAAAGAAAAAGAAAACCCAGGUCAUGUUACUUCAUUUGUGUAUCAUCAUAACACUUCAAAAUAAUGGCCAAUUUUACUGAUUUAUGUGGCAUUUAUUGUAAUAGUCUUAGUGCAACAAUUUUGCUCUGAGAAAGUACUUGUAUAGAUUUUUGUUUUACAUCUCAGCAUGAAUUAACUUGAUAAUUGCUUUAAAGGGUUACCUGUUUUCUCCAGAGCUAUGGCUGGUUGUUAGAAGAUAUGCUUUGCCUUUUCAAAAGUCAGCUAUGUGUUUUCACUUAGAUAUGGGACAUCAGAGCUCAUUAUACUGUUAAUUUUAAAAGGAAUUCAGGGGGGAAUCUUCAAAACUGAUUAAACAAUAUGGCCUCUUUUGGCUGUGCAUUUGUAGUAGGUGUGACACUCUAAGUUUCUCAGACAAUUCUAUCUUCCCAGAAGUGUAUAAGAAAGUAUCUAAUAAAAUAACCUACAAAUGGCUUGCAACACAUUUAGCAUCUAUGUGAAGUGGUUCCCUUUAAGUUUCUAAUCAAGUCAAGACUACAACCACUUUUUUUUCAUUGUUCUGCUAUACAGUUUAAAAAACUGAAGUUUAUAAAUCCUCAGAGCAUAUCUAAUCUAGUUCAGAAUUGUAUGCAAUCAGAAUUGCAACAUGAAACAAUAUUUUCUCCUUUUCUGAGAGUUUCAUCCAUUACAGAUUGCGAUUCUUCACACUGUAUGGCAUGUCAGCUCACUUCAUUAUAGGCUGAUAGUUGCAGAGCUUCCUCUCAUGAAUGAUUAAAUUUCAAACUGCUUCUAACCAUUUACUGAAGCCAAAUUAGAAUACACGAUAAAUAAAACAUUGUUUUCUAAUUUGAAGACUUGAUUGUCAGGGACAAAAGUCUUCCUGGACAAUGUUUUCAUGAAACUUAAGGUGUACCCUAAAGUCAGUACAGGGGAGUUUGUAGUGCCACUUCCAUUAGUGUUGAUGGGAACUCAGUGUGUUACUGCUCUGGCAUCAGUACAUGGUUAUAUUCUCAUACUGUAAUGUUGCUUCAGUAUCUUCCAUUGCAGUUGUUUAAAAACACAACAAACUCAAGUGUGAAAAUAGCAAUACAUAUGGUACAAUGAAAAAAUAUUCCUGUACAGUAUAAGAUACAGCUGUGUUGCUGAUCUGGAUUUUUCCAAAUGGAACCUCUUUUUCACUUGGAAUUUUGGGUGACUGUAGCUUUUUGUGGCAAAGUUCCUGUGAUGUUAAGAAUCAUAUGCUGUACACAAAGCUGAAUCUCAAAUGUGAAUGAGUUGUCUGUAAACAAGACUCUGUAGAGAUUUUUAUGAGCAAUAAUUUAUUUCAGUUGCAAUGCUGGGUUCAAAUUCUAUUAUUUACUUGCUUCAGCCUUCAUGAUAUUAGGCUCUUACUUUGUAAUCUAAUUAGUUUAAUAAUUGCAUGGCAUGGUUCAGUAGAGCUGUGAACUAGCAGCUCCCAUGGCUUCACUACAAUUUACAGAUACUCAGCAGAGUUAAGACUAUGGCCCCUGCUCAGUGUAGGAUAUUGGUGUUCCUUAUCUGCUUUUGAAUGCUAAUGAAACUCUAGUCAUUGCAUUUUGUUAUGAUUUUUUUGUAUCAGAAAUAAUCACUGCAUAAAUAUCCAUGCUAUGUAUGCGUGCAGUUUUGCAAGUAUGCAAAAUGUUGGGAAUAAAUGGCAGUAAAAGUCGUGAGCUGAAUAA